AUGCCACCACCGUCUCUCCCGCUUCUCCUCCCCUUCUCCUCCCCAAUCCUACACCCUCUCCCCACCUCCGCCUCCCGCCUCCGCACGCCCGGCAGAUCCCUCUCCCUCUCCCGGUGCCCCCGCCCACUCGCCUCCCCUCCCCCCUCGUUCGCCGUCGCCGCCGUCAACGACGACGAGCACGACUACGACGACGAUGUCGUCCUCGGCGACUGCCUCGUCUUCGAGGACGAGGCCUUCGAGGCCCCCGACCUCGACCUCGGCCUCGGCCGCCCGUCCUCCCACCCCAGCCGGAAGCCACCGGCGGCCCGUGGCGGGGGCAGCCUGGUGCCGGAGCGGUGGAAGGACGCCGUGGAGGAGAUCAACCUGACGAAGAAGGAGAAGCGCCGCAUCGCGCACGGGCUGCGCUUCGGGAGCCGCCUCGACCGCCGGGUGCCCUCCGCCGUGGCCGCCCCCGACGAGUACCGCGCGUACCGCGAGGGGAGGCUGGACGCCGAGCUCGGCCACGGCGCGCGCGACUACCUGGUGUCUCCGCUCGAGAGCAGGUCCCGCGCGUACAGCGAGGUGAGGCUGGACGCGGAGCCCGGGCGCGUCGCGAGCAACCACGUCGAGCCGCUCGAGGAGAUGUCCCUUGCGCCGGAGAAGGUGGAGGCUCCGCCGCCUCCGCCUCCCGGGACACGCGCGGCGCCCAGGAAUCCUAGGACGGCGAUGGACUCGGUCAGUCUUGAGGACAUCGCGGAGCUGUUUAACAGUAGCCAGUAUGUCCCAGGCGAGACGGAGGAUGGCAAGAGCGCGAGGAGUCGCCGGAAGCUGUUCACGGAUGAGGAAAAGGUUCUUCUGAACAGGAGAUUACCUGAUCUGGAAGGUGCUGCUUCCGUAAGUGGUCACACCCUUGCUGCAUCAGGAGACUUCUAUCUAUUGGACAAUCUUCUGAAACAUAAGGUGGAUGUAAAUGCACUUGAUAAGGAUGGUUUGCCAGCAAUUCAUAAAGCAAUUAUUUCGAAGAAGCAUGCUAUCAUCAACUAUCUCUUAAGGAAUUCAGCAAAUCCAUCUGUCUGUGAUAGAAUAUUUGCAUUGGUUCUUCUAUUUUGUGUUAAGGAUGGUGCAACCCUAAUGCAUUAUGCUGUCCAAACAGCAUGCAAUCAGACUAUAAAAACGCUAUUGCUCUACAAUGUUGAUAUCAAUCGUCCAGAUGAUUAUGGCUGGACACCGUUGCAUCUAGCCGUGCAAACACAGAGAACCGAUAUUGUGAGGCUACUCUUACUAAAAGGUGCUAAUAGAACUUUGAAAAAUCAAGAUGGAUUGACUCCUUUGGACUUGUGCCUCCGAUUGGGUCAUGACGUGAGGACAUAUGAGCUUAUCAAAUUACUCAAAAACUUUCGAAUAUCAAAGCAGCAUAACUCGUUUUAG